GGGGCGGCGAGGGCGGGUGCCUCCGUUGGAACUACCCCUUGACAACAGCCCGCAACCAUUCUCACCACCGGCCGAUUUCACGCCGCGUAAUUCUCCUUUAUUUCGACAAUCGAACGUCCGUCGAUCGCGGUGACCGUUUCUCGACUUACUGGAACAAGGGUCACGCGACACGUUUACUCAGUUUCAGCAUGGAGUGCCCCGAAGCGAUGGAACGAGGCCGGAACUUUCGUCUGCUCGCCGAGGAAGAGCUGUCUCGACUCUUGGACUUCCUUGCUGGCUAUCUUCCCGAAUCCCUAAAGUUCCAUCAAACUUUGUUGACCUACAUGCAAGACAGAGUGUGGGACUUUAAUUUCUACGUGGCUAACGGCUGGCCCGAUGAUGCGAUAUGUUUACAUUUUCCAGGCAUGACGUUAUCCCCCCACGGUCUGCUGUUCGAAAGCGUGGGCGUCUUUUGUCCCAACGACCGGCUGGAGCUGCUUAAGUUACUAAGGGAAGAGGACAUUUUGAUCGACUGGUCGAAACCGCUCUACAUCAAUUUUAUUCACUACGAUAUCGCCGAGGAGUUGAUGCGCCUUUACGAGGAUAUCGGCACUAUCGAGAGGGUAGUGGGCGAUGUGUUCAUGUGCAAGGAUCCACAUAACGUAGAUCAGGUGGCGAAUCAGGAACUGGACGAAGAGGCCGAUGUCCAAGUUCAACCGUUGAAAGCAGAACACGCCGAGGGCAUCUACGAAUUGUACCCCGCCAACGAUAUGGAGUGUCACGAGGUUUUCCUACGUUUGAUCAGGACGCUUCCGGCGGCUGGAGUGUUUGCAAAGGGUAGCCUGGCCGCUUGGAUGGUUCAAUCUUAUUACGGAGCGAUGUUUUCCAUGCAGACCAAGCCGGAAUACCGAAGGAAGGGUUUCGGAACAAAAUUAGCAAGGUACCUGACGAAGCGGGUUGCAGACAAGGGUUACCAGCCUUUCGUGGUGAUACGUCCAGAAAACGAAGCCAGCCAAAGUUUGUACAAGAAGCUAGGCUUCAGGAAGCUCUAUCAAACUGUUCGAAUGACGUUCAUGCCUUUGACGUGGCAGGACGAGGAAAACAAGAUGAAUCGCGUUUUAAGAGAAAAUUUGGAGAAUGCUGUCAGACAGCUUACCAUCGAGCAGAAGGUAGUGGACGCGUUCAGCAACGAGGAAGCCGUAGAGAACGAGGAUGAAAAUCCUCCGGCAGGGGACUGCGGGGAGAAAGAGAGAAUAGAAGCGUUCGCGUUGUCGGAUAAAGAAAAUGCGGAAGAAACAAUCGAUGAUGAUGAUGCUGCACGGGCCAAGGAGAACGAGGAAACUGCUGAUAACGCUGCGGAAACGGGGAACGAAGAUGGUAGUAAUCAGGACGAUGGGGGAACAGACGCUGGUGGGGAUGCGGAAUAAUUAAUUAUUGACUCUUGGAGGACCAACGAAACCAGUAUUGGCAAGACUGGCGUAAAACGUAAUAUUCGAAAUUAUAAUAACGUUCGAUUGAUCCGAAAAUUUAUCGUGAUUAUACGUAACGAAUUGCUUCGUCCUCUGAGCGCAAAAACGUUAUACAAGAAAACGUGUCACGUACGUUACUCUGACCACGUUUACGAGCAACCAAAAUUCGAUACGUAAUUUAUCCUCUCUCAUCGCAGUGUUACGUAACUGCGAUAUAUCUGGAGAAAAAAAGAAAUUCGAAAAUACUCGGUCGUUUAAACGUACGCGACAAUGUUCACGUUCAGUGUCUAGAAAGAAAAUUACGUAAUUUCCUCUAUUGCUUGGUCGGUAAGCCUGCGAAAUUCGUUUUGCCAUCUUGCGUUAUAACAAUAAUCGUAACCAAUUAUCGACCGCGAUUUCGUAUACUUACUUUCUUCUACUGUGCACAAGCUCGAAUGGAAUUCUCGAGUGCGAUUAAAGAUAGAACGGUUAUUACGAGAGAUACGAAUUUUUUCGAAUCGAACGAUGGAACGAAGAGGAAAGCAGUGAAUUUUAACUUUUAAAUAAUCCCGAAUCUCAAGUCGAAACACUAUGUGAUUUUGUGCACAAGGAAAACUUCAUCGUAGUUCCUACUUUUAAUACUAGAUAGCGGAGGUGGUUAGGGGCGCUGUCGUCACCGCAGUUUCCCUCCGAUUUUAACUUUUGUUGCGCAGUGCAAUUCUCGAUACGAUUCGGUAACCGCGUCAUGUCAAUUAUAAUUCCAAGUGUGAUAAAACUAUUACUUUGUGCGUCACGUAAUCAGUAAUUAGUGCUAGAACAUCGACAAGAUUUUGUUCUUGUUCAAAGUUACAUGUUCGGAAGCGAAUAAUAUACGAAUACCGACGAAGUGUGCAACUGCGAAGUUUUUAUAGCAAAGAAACCGUUAACCGUUCGAGACCCAGUUGACAGAUGAAUUAACGGAUCUAUUUCUCUGCGUUGUCGAAAAUUUACAGGAUUAUUCCUAUGCCGUUUGUUCAACCAUAUCGAGUACCGUUUAUAAAUUAAGGUAAAAAUUAACCAAUAUAUUCGUGUAAACGUUAGUUUCGAUAGAUAUCGAUCGUUCUGGCGCUAAAAAGUUUCAUCGAUUUAGUGACGCGUGUAUAAUUCGCACAAAAUGAUUUCUCGUAAUGGCCGUCCGACGUGUAAUUCCGUUGCACGGGUUUCGUUACAUCAAUCUCCAAUUAUACGAAUCAGAUUUUUGCU